UAUAGCAUUUCUGUUAGGAAACUGUUCAGAGAAGUGCUUAAGAAAAUGUUUAUUUUCAUUUGUUUGUGCUUAUUAACAAUGGUUGGUGUGUUUGGUGUUGAUGAAGCACAGUCAGUGUCAGUGAUGGAAGGAGAUUCUGUCACUCUAAACACUGAUGUAACUGAAAUGCAGAGAGACGAUCUGAUAAUGUGGACAUUUGGACACAUUCUCAUAGCUAAAAUAAAUGGAAAGGACAAAAAGAAAGAGUUUUACGAUGAGAGAUUCAGAAACAGACUGAAGCUGGAUCAGAUUGGAUCUCUGACCUUCACAAACACCAGAACCACAGACUCUGGAUUUUAUAAAGUCACCAGCAGCAGAACGGAGAUGCCACUCAACACGUUCAAUCUUACUGUCUAUGCUUAUCUGCCUGUUCCUGUCAUCAGCAGAGACUGUUCUUUACCAUCUUCAGAAACAUCUUCUAAUCAGAGUUGUUUAUUGGUGUGUUCAGUCUUAAAUGUGAGUGAUGUGACUCUCUCCUGGUACAAAGGAAACAGUUUAUUAUCCAACAUCAGUGUGUCUGAUCUCAGCAUCAGUUUCUCUCUACCUCUGGAGGUGGAAUAUCAGGAUAACAACACCUACAGCUGUGUGCUCAAAAACUCCAUUAGCAACCAGACUAAACAUCUGGACAUCAGCAUGCUCUGUCACACAUGUUCAGACUGUGUCUACUGCUGUGGUCCUACUGAAGCUGUGAUCCGAUUGGCUUUCUCUGCUCUGGUGGGUGUGGCUACUGUAGCUGUGCUGGUUUAUGACAUCAGGUCCAGAAGUCUUCAAUGGCAGAAAUCACCAUCAAAUGCUGAUUAA